ACCAUGAAUCUUCAGCACCCUGGGCAGCAAAUCCCUCCCGUUCACCCUGAUGUGGAGAUGAAAUCUCUGCCCUUCUAUGAUGUGCUCGAUAUCCUCAUCAAACCCUCUAGUUUAGGAGCAAGUACUGCACAAAGAUUCCUUCAAGAAAAUUAUUUUGUCUUUGCUUUGACGCCACAGCAAGUUCGAGAAGUAUGCAUAUCCAGGGAUUAUCUUCCAGGUGGCAGAAGGGAUUAUAUGGUUCAAAUUCAACUAAGGUUUUGCUUGUCGGAGACAAGUUGUCCACAAGAAGACAAUUACCCAAACAGUCUCUGUAUAAAGGUCAAUGGAAAACUUUUUCCUUUACCAGGUUAUGCACCACCCCCUAAAAAUGGGGUUGAGCAAAAGAGACCAGGAAGACCUCUCAACAUUACCUCACUGGUGCGACUAACCUCUGCAGUACCCAAUCAGAUUUCAGUGACAUGGGCACCUGAAAUUGGGAAGACCUACUCCAUGUCUGUGUACCUCGUGAGGCAGCUAACAUCACCACUGCUUCUACAGAGGCUGAGAAUGAAAGGCAUCAGAAACCCAGACCACUCCAGAGCUCUAAUAAAAGAGAAGCUAACUGCAGACCCAGACAGCGAAGUUGCUACAACAAGUCUCAGAGUCUCCCUCAUGUGUCCGUUGGGUAAGAUGCGACUUACGGUUCCAUGCCGAGCAGUGACCUGCUCUCACCUUCAAUGCUUCGAUGCUGCCCUCUACUUACAAAUGAAUGAAAAGAAACCUUCCUGGAUCUGUCCUGUCUGUGACAAGAAGGCCACAUAUGAAAGUCUCAUCAUUGAUGGAUUAUUCUUGGAGAUCUUGAAUGACUGUUCUGACGUGGAUGAAAUAAAGUUCCAACAAGAUGGUACCUGGUGUCCAAUGAGACCAAAGAAAGAGUCUGUCAAGGUCUCAUCUCAUUUGAUUACAAAAAUUGAGUCUGUUGCUCCUUUGCGACAACCUUUGGUGAUUCCACACACUGCUGAGCCCUUUCCCACAAAGAAGGUUGAUGUCAUUGAUUUGACUCUGGAAAGCUCAUCCUCCGAUGACGAGGAGGAAGACAGCCCAGAUCCACCUCUUAAGAAACGUUGUGUUUACAUUUCGAAGACUGAGGACUUGCAUACGAAAGGAGUAUUGAGUUAUCAGCCUUCCAAUAUACGCGUGCCAACUGUUCAGGCCUUGGACCCAUCCUAUCUGACCUCGUCACUGACUGAUUUUGCAGUCCCUUUUCAUCCAUCCACCUUGGCUAGCAUCCCCACAGACAUGCAGAGCCUGGACUUGUUUUCUUUAAUUCAAGCAGAUCCUCAGCAUUACAGGCCUCCAAUGUUUCUGGAAAACCUGACAAGCUCCAUGCAGAAUGUCACUUCUGCUAGCACUAGCGCAUCCCUGGUUUCUUCGUCCGGCGGCCGCUACGAAACAAACUCCCACACGGUUGUCUCCAUCCACGAAAACCGAGGCAUCCAACCUGGAGAAAGGAGUGCCGGAGGAGGAACUGACAACAAUAUAUCGGAUAUUAUUUCAUUAGACUGA